UAAGCGAGCAACGCCAGCGAACGGACGCAAAACGCGCUUAGGCCAAUCCAGCUAGACACAUAGAAAGAUAUUUUAAGAUUUCACAUGAAACAGAAGCAAAAUCAAAUAUAUACCUAGCUUAUUAAGUGAUUGAUUAAAUUAGUUCAAGGAGCUAUCGCAGCAAAAGCAACACGGUUUUUUAGUGCCGGUAGCCAAAAGUAUUUGAUGUGACAAAUACAAAAACAUAAAGAAAACAAAUUUAACUAAAAGAUACAAAUUCUAUAUGCAUAUGCAAUUAUGAAGGACUUUGGCAAAAUGUUUGCGAAUCGCUAUAGUGCUGUCUGUGUUAGCGAUGAGGAGGUGGGCGUGAAUGUCAGUCAGCCACAUGAAGUGGCUGCACCAUCAGCAGCAGCACCACUCUGCUCCACAGUCGCCACAGUUGCCGCAGUCAAUCCAGCCACUGCUAUAUCCUUGCCAGAAUCCGAUGCGGCAGCAGCAGCGCUGCUGCGCGCCCAGCGUCGCAAGAGUCUCAAGGCAAAUCGCUCCAUGAAGCCCAUGGACAUUUUGGGCAGCUUCUUCAACGAGCGCCAUCACAGCAAACGCAAUGCUCGCUCGCCAACACGCGCUUUUUUGCUGCUGGCCAUUGGAUUUUUGGCUAUAACAACAGCGGUGCUGAUUAAAGUAUUUCAACCCUACGAUUUGAUAUUCAGAUGGAAAUUGAUAAUGGCCGAUAAAGGUGAAAUCUUCAAUCUUUGGGCCACGCCCCCAGUCGAUUUGUAUAUCAAAAUCUAUCUAUUUAAUAUUACCAAUGCUGAGGCUUUUCUCGCCGGACGCGAAAAGCUACAAGUGGAACAAGUGGGUCCCUAUGUGUAUAAAGAGCUCAUGACUCAUGAGAAUAUCACAUUUAAUGACAACAACACCAUGUCCGCAACACCCAGUCAUCCAUUGGUCUGGCAGGAGCAUCUAUCCGAAGGUCAUCGUGAAGACGACGAAGUCAUAAUGCUCAAUAUAGCUAUGCUGGCCAUCUCUCAUCUGACUUCCAAUCAUUUUGUCUUUGUGCGCUACGCAUUGCGUCAACUUUUGGCUACCACAAAAUCGGAGCCCAUUGUUCGGAUGACUGCCAAGGAGUUUAUGUUUGGGUUUCCCUCAGCGCUGGCCACAAUGGGCAACACUUUUCUGCCCAAUUGGAUAUCGUUCGAGAAGGUUGGACUGAUUGAUCGCAUGUACGAUUUCUCAACGGACUUUGAGACUUUCUACACGGGCGCCGAGAAUCCGGCAAUAUCGGGUCUCUACGACACCUAUCGGGGAGAGAAAACACUGCCCCAAUGGAAGGGUGAUCACUGCAGCAACAUUGAGUAUGCCUCCGAUGGUACCAAAUUUAAGAGCUUCAUCCAGGCCAACGAAUCGGUUAAGUUCUUCAGGAAGAGCAUGUGCAGGCCCAUCAAUUUGUAUCGAGAUGGUGAGGAGCGCACUUUUGGCAGCCUGAAGGGCUACAACUAUGUCUUUGAAGAGAAUGCUUUUGACAAUGGCGCCAUCAAUGAGGCCAACAAAUGUUUCUGUCGCAAAGGUGAUUGUCAGCCCAAUGGCCUGAUUGACGUCACCGAUUGUUAUUACGGUUUCCCCAUCUCGCUCAGUUUUCCACACUUUAUGAAUGGCGAUGCUGGCCUCGUGGAGAAUGUGACCGGAAUGCAGCCAGAUCCUGCCAAGCACUCUACAGCAUUUGUCAUACAACCGGAAUCUGGUCUGCCGCUAUCGCUGUCCGUAAAAGUGCAAAUCAACAUGCAUUUCAAGGAUCUUCACAACUAUCCGCAAGUCUCACAGUUCAGCUAUCUGACUGCGCCCAUGCUUUGGUUCGAGAUCAUGAUGCCCAAGUUGUCCGAUGAGUUGGACACUCGAUUCAGUUUUUAUUUAAAUAUUUUGCCACUGGUCAAUCCGGUGGGCUUCUGGGGUGCACUGGUGCUGGGCGUUGGCAUGCUGGUGUAUGCCAUCACCCGUGCCACUCUCCACAUGUCCAGCUUCACGCGGCAAGCGACCAACAUCUCGGAUGGCAAAUAUGGACGCGCCAAUCUACUGCAGAAUCUAACGGGCAGUGGAGGCAUAGUUGGCGGCGUCGGUGGCGGCAAUCAGGUCUACAAUCCAUGUGAAAUGAAGCUGUUUGAUGAUGUGCCUGCUGCGAAAAAACAUGUCUUUAUCCGCGACGACAGCGGGAUUGAUACCUAUAAGGAGCGUCGUCAGUCUGCCUACGCCUUAGAGCUGGAGCCAGCGAUCUCCGAUCCGGAGAGCAGCGAUGAGGGCAACGAUAGCGACAAUGUCACACUUAGCCGCAAUUCAACCACAUCCAGUUCGUGCAUCGAAGCAGAGCAUGCCGAUGAUGACAUCUGCAUAGAUUGCUUCAAUGACAACGUUUUAGAUGAGGAUGCAGUUGGUCACAGCAGCACAGGCGCGAAGCAACAGCUGGGCGUUAGUCUGGCCAGCAGCGGCUUUGCCUCGUCGCCCGCCUCGAUAAGCAGCCUCAACAACAACAAUGACAAGAGUUGGACGACGCCCUAUGCGCAUCCUGAGAAAUCUGUCGACGGGACAGCGUCAACGAAGUUGCAGUUAGUUUAGGUUGUCGGUUAACAUUUGAUCAAAUUGAUGAUGAUGAUGAUUAUGAUAAUUAUGAUGUACAUAUAGUAGUAUAUGCACUUUAGUUGGUGCAUAUUAGUGUGCUAGUUGUGUUGGGCAUCGGCAUCGCCGCUUUUGGUUUUAUAUAGCAUUUUAUUUAGAGUAAAUAUUAUAAAAGCCAAGUGCUGGUUUAAUUACUGUGAUAGCUUUAAACAAACAAAAGAACGAUUGUAGUUGUAUACACCCCAAAUGGCACAAUUAGUGCUCGAUUUUUAUCCAACAUUACAUUUUGUAUGGUGUUAUUUAUAUCGAGCUUAAGCUUAAUCUAGUUAACAAGUCACCUCCAUGAGGUGCCAAUAAUAAUUUGAAUUUAUAUACAAAUGAAUUGAAGCAAAUUAUAAUGAUAAAGAAAAAAAACAACAAAAAAACAAAAGCUUAAUAAGAAAUUUGCACAAGAAUUGUAGUUCAAGUUCGUAAUAUAUGCUAAGAAUUGCUGUGAUUUUUGUAUUGAAGCUGAAUUUAUGAGUAAACGCACUACAAAGCAAAAGCGUUUGCACAACAAAUGAAAUAUAUUAGCCUUAAACCAUGUAAUUUUAACAUUUCAACUGCAUUAACUUAAAUAAAUAUUAAUAAUAAAAAAAAACAUAAAAACAA